CUUAGCACACCACUUGACCUUGAGCCGUCGAUACACUCCACCGACAAGCGAAAGAGACGACGACACAAGCGAUGGGAAAAGCUUCGGGAGCGAAACAGGCGACUGUUGUGGUUGCAGCUUUGGCUUUUGGAUGGUUAGCGAUAGAGAUCGCCUUCAAGCCUUUCCUCGACAAACUCCGCUCCUCAAUCGACAAAUCCGAUCCGGCCAAAGAUCCCGAUGACACCGACAAAGACGCCUCCUUCGCCGCCGCUGCAGCUAGCUCUGAGACGUGACGGUCCUCCGUGUAGGGUAUUUUAAUUAAGGGUUUUGUUAGAUUUAAUCUGUUCGUUCAGCUUUGAACUAUAACUUAAACAGUUUGUUAUGUUUGCAUAAUUAUAUGUUUUCUACUCA